AUGCCCUUGCAACUACCAGAAAGAUUUGCUCAGAUCCCUCGCUAUCCACUUCUCUACUCUCAUCCUUCACCAAUUCACCCACAGUCCUUAUACCAUACAUUCCCACCGAGACUUAUCCCCUACAACCCUCAAGUAUCCAUCUUCGUCAAACGGGAAGACCAAUCAUCACCCAUGCCCUGUCCGGGCAACAAAUACCGCAAACUAGAGUACAUCGUCCCCGAUCUUCUUUCCGAAAAUCCCAAAUACGGCUACCAUGAAGACCACCCACCGAAAGAGCAGGAUCAGCGUCCUGCUAGACGACCUAGACUUCUUGUAACAGAGGGUGCAGUCCAAAGCAACCACGCAGUCCAAGUCGGCGCUCUAGCAGCGAAAUUGGAACUCAGCAAAUUGCUUCUCUUACGCCGUGGUACAGGCGGCGGGUACCGCACCGCAGAAAACAAAACCUCAUUCAUGUCCUCGGGGAACAUGCUCAUGAAUACAAUCCUGGGUAACAGUGCAGUAUUCUGCGAGAAUAUGGGCUCAGAUCUUGAAGAUAUGGGCAAGUUUCUGGAGGGGUUGGGUAAGACAGCAGGUGGAGAGCCAUAUUGGAUCUCCAGUGGGGCGAGCUUGCACCCCCUCGGCGGGCUCGGGUACGCGCGAGCAGCGUUCGAGAUCGCGGAGCAGGAAAAGGAGAUCAAAUUGGGUGGGUCCGGCAGAUUUGACUUUGUGUUUGUGGCUUGUGGAAGUGGGAGUACGGUGGGAGGCUUGAUUGCAGGGUUUAAGCUGCUAGAAAAGAUGGAUUCAUCGUCAUCUUUUUCAGCUAUCCCGGCCGCCGAGGCCGGAUCGCCGUCGGAAACGAAACUUGCACCGAGGAUGGUCGUUGGGAUUUUAACUUCGCCGACGAUGCCGCGGUCUUACCAUGAGGAAAGAGUUCUGAAGUUUGCGCGCCAGGCGGGGGAACUUAUUGGGUUGGAAGCAGAGCAGGAUAUUAGCAUGGCGGACGUGCGCCUUGACGAUGAAUUCGUCGGGGAAGAGUAUGGGGUCAUGGAUGCGAAUACCCAGAAAACUUUGUUCAGGUUUGCAGAGGCGGGUCUCCUCUUGGAUCCGGUUUACACUGCCAAGGCGGCUCGGGGAAUGAUGAGUUGGGUAGAAGAGAACAAGGUCAAGGACUAUGCGAAGAAAUAUGGCUUGGAAGAGGUGAAUGUGUUAUUCAUUCACACAGGUGGUCAGGCUGCCCUAGGCGCAUAUGCGGAUAAGUUGUCAUAUCAAAUGUACGAAGAUUAA